AUGCAAGAUUCUCUAAGCUUGAUGCAGUUUCAUGAUCCGUACCUCUACAGCGGCAGCGCUGGGAGCGCCAACCAGCCACUGUCACACCCUUUCUUGCCUCAUCAUCACCAAGGUUUUGUCGAUAAUUGCACUGGCAAGGACGUGGCAGAUUCGUUCGUCGACCCGGCGACAACGGCGGAGGUAAGCGGCGAGCAGGAAUUAGCAGUAAGCAAGGAGGUCUCUGAGGGAGGAGGUGAUGGCGCGGUGGUGGUGGAGGUGGAGGAGCGAAACGACGCCACGACGGCCAGGGGCGAGGAGGAGGCUCACGGCGUCCGGAUGAUUGCGCUGCUCAUGGAGAGCGCGGUGGCCGUGUCGGUGGGCAACCUCGCGGACGCCAACAGCAUGCUCCUGGAGCUGGCGCAGAUGGCGUCCCCGUACGCGUCGUCCUGCGGGGAGCGGCUCGUGGCCUACUUCACCAAGGCCCUGGCGGCGCGGCUGAUGAGCUCGUGGGUCGGCAUCUGCGCUCCGCUGGCGCCGCCGUGCGCGGCCGUCCACGCCGCGUUCAGGGCCUUCUACAACGUCUCGCCGUUCGCGAGGUUCGCCUACCUGGCGUGCAACCAGGCCAUCCUGGAGGCGUUCCACGGCAAGCGCCUGGUCCACAUUGUCGACCUCGACGUGGUGCCGGGCGGCGCGCUGCAGUGGCUCUCGCUGCUGCCCGCUCUGGCGGCGCGGCCGGGAGGCCCGCCGGUGCUCCGCGUCACCGGGUUCGGCAUGUCGCGGUCGGCGCUUCACGACACCGGCAACCAGCUCGCCGGGCUCGCGAGCAAGCUGAGCAUGCCGUUCGAGUUCUACGCCAUCGCGAAGCGGCCUGGGACGUCGUCGGCGCCGCGGCGGCGGCGGACAUGCCCAGCAGGAUGCCAGGGAGGCCCUCGCCGUGCACUGGCUGCGGCACGCUCUCUGGUGCAGUGGCUGGAGCCCAAGGUGCUGACGCUGGUGGAGCAAGAGCGAGCAGGAGCGCCCGGGGACGUCGGUGGUGGCGGCGGCGGCGACCGCGGCCACUUCCUGGACCGAUUCGUCUCUGCGCUGCACCACUACUCGGCGCUGUUCGACUCGCUGGGCGCGUCGCGGCCGAGCGACGAGGACGCGAGCAGGCACCUGGUGGAGCAAGGCGUGCUCGGCAGAGAGAUCGGCAACGUGCUGGCGGUCGGCGGCCCGUCGCGGAGCGGCGGGGAAGUUCGGCUGCUGGCAGGCGGAGCUCGCCCGGCACGGGUUCCUACGAGCCGGCAGUGUGGGGCGCGCGCAGCUGGUGGCCGGCGCGUGCCCGGCGGGACUAGGCUACACGGUGGCGGACGACCACGACGGCACGGUGUGGCUGGGGUGGAAGGGCACCCCGCUCUACGCGGUCUCCACGUGGGCAUGGUGCCCCUCGCCUCACGCACAGGCACACCGUUAGCAGGCAGUCGCUUUAUUAGUACCAAUGGACUGUGUGAUAAGGUGCUACGCACCAACGGGUCCAAUGCCACGCUAGAGUGGUCUCUUACAAGUGGGCCUACAUAG